AAAUUCCUUUGAUUCUGGGACGGUCCAUGACCUUUCAUGAGUCAUGGGUCACCUCUUUAGAUGGAGGUGUCCGUAUUUCUCUCUCUCUCUCUCCAAUAGAUCAGUCUUCUCUUUGGAGGAGGUCAUAGAUCCAGCACCUUCCUUGACAGAAGAAUCUGGCAGAGGAAGAGGGUGAUAUACUGCUCCAGGGGGAGGCCUUGGAGGAAGAGAGGAUGAGGGGAGAGCUGGACUCAGUUGGUCCCGAAGCAAGAAAGGGCCCUGAGGAUAGCAUGGCGUGGAGCAGAAGGGAACUGUGGGAAGGAACCUUGCAGAAGAGCCUUGGAGAGGAUUUCCCCCCCUCAGACGUGGAGCACCAGCAAUUCAGGCAAUUCCAAUAUCAAGAGGUCGAAGGACCCCGAAAGGUCUGCAGCCGACUCCACCACCUUUGCCUCCAGUGGCUGAAGCCAGAAAGGCACAGCAAAAAGGAGAUCCUGGACCUGGUGAUACUCGACCGUUUCCUGGCCAUCCUGCCCCCAGAGAUGGAGAGCUGGGUCAGGGAAUGCGGGCCGGAGACUAGUUCCCAGGCGGUGGCCCUGGCAGAAGGGUUCCUUCUCAGCCACGCAGCAGAUGAAAAUCAAGAUAAGCAGGUGCAGGAAAGGAUCGAGUGUUACCCCGGAGCAGCUUUUCUGGGUGAAGCUGUGAAACCAGCCAUAAAAUAUUUGCCAUAUCUUUGCAGCAAGGAGGACGCAACUUCUAUGGGGCCAGAACAGGGUCUGGUGACCUUUGAAGACGUGUCAGUUUAUUUCACUGAGGAGGAGUGGGCUCUACUGGAUGCGGAAGAAAGAAGCCUUCACAAGGAAGUCAUGGAGGAGAACUUUCAGAAUGUGGCCUCUCUGGAGGCAGAUAGUUCCCAGGGAAAGCCUGAGGAAGAACCACAACUCCCAUUGGAAGGGGAACAGCAGAGGAGAAGCAAUCAACAAAUACAUACCUGGAAGAAACCACAUAAAUGUCUGCAGUGUGGGAAGCACUUUGCUUGGAAUAAAGAACUUAUUGCCCAUUGUCGAAUCCAUACCGGGGAGAAACUACAUAAAUGUGAGCAGUGUGGGAAGAGCUUUCUUUGGAAUAGAGACCUUACAGCUCAUCGUCGAAUCCACACAGGGGAGAAACCAUAUAAAUGUGAUGAGUGUGGAAAGAGCUUUUCUCGGAAUGGAAACCUUACUGUCCAUCAACGAAUCCACACAGGGGAGAAACCAUAUAAAUGUGCUGAGUGUGGAAAGAGCUUUGCUCGGAAUGAACAACUUACUGUCCAUCGACGGAUACACUCAGGGGAGAAACCAUAUAAAUGUGCAGAGUGUGGGAAGAGCUUUGCUCAGAAGAACCACCUAACUUCCCAUCGAGGAAUCCACACAGGAGAGAAACCAUAUAAAUGUGCUGAGUGUGGAAAGAGUUUUGUUCGGAAUGAACAACUUACUGUCCAUCAACGAAUCCACACAGGGGAGAAACCAUAUAAAUGCGCUGAGUGUGGAAAGAGCUUUGUUCGGAAUGAACAUCUUACAGUCCACCGACGAACCCACACAGGGGAGAAACCAUAUAAAUGUGCAGAGUGUGGGAAGACUUUUGGUGACAGAUCACAUCUUACUGCCCAUCUACGCAUCCACACAGUGGAGAAACCAUACAAAUGUGCAGAGUGUGGGAAGACCUUUGCUCAGAGUCUAGAGCUUACUGUUCAUCAACAAAUCCAUGCAGGGGAGAAACCAUAUAAAUGUGUGGAGUGUGGGAAGAGCUUUGCUCGGAAUACACAUCUUGCUGACCAUCGACAAAUUCAUACAGGGGAGAAACCAUAUAAAUGUAUGCAGUGUGGGAAGUGCUUUGCUCGGAAUACGCACCUUACUGUCCAUCAACGAAUUCACACAGGGGAGAAGUUAUAUAAAUGCACAGAAUGUGGAAAGAGGUUUGCUAGAAGUGCAGAACUUACUGACCAUCGACGAAUCCACACAGGGGAGAAACCAUAUAACUGUGUGGAGUGUGGGAAGACCUUUGUUCAGAGGGCCCACCUUUAUGUCCAUCGAAGAAUACACACAAGAGAGAAACCAUACAAAUGCAAGCAGUGUGGGAAAAGCUUUGCUUGGAAUGCACAUCUUACUGUCCAUCAACAAAUCCACACAGGGGAGAAGCCAAAUAAAGGCAAACCUUAUGAAUGCGUGGAGUGUGGGAAGAGCUUUGUUCGGAGUCAACAGCUUACUAUCCAUCGACGAAUCCACACAGGGGAGAAACCAUAUAAAUGCAUGGAGUGUGGUAAAAACUUUGCUCGGAAUGCACAUCUUACCGUCCAUCGACGAAUCCACACAGGGGAGAAGCCAUAUAAAUGUGUGGAGUGCGGGAAGAGCUUUGCUCACAAUUCACAUCUUACUGUCCAUCGACGAACCCAUACAGGGGAGAAACCAUAUAAAUGUAUGGAGUGUGGGAAGAGCUUUAUUGAGGGUCAACAACUUACUAUCCAUCGACGAAUCCACUUAGGGGAGAAACCAUAUAAAUGUUUGGAGUGUGGGAAGAGCUUUAUUCGGAAUACAUAUCUUACUGACCAUCGACGAAUCCACACAGGGGAAAAACCACAUAAAUGUAUGGAGUGUGGGAAGAGCUUUGCUCGAAAUACAUAUCUUACUGUCCAUCGACGAAUCCACACAGGGGAGAGGCCAUAUAAAUGUGUGGAUUGUGGGAGGUGCUUUGCUGAAAAGUCAAAACUUACUAUCCAUCGAAGAAUCCACACAGGGGAGAAACCAUGUAAAUGUGUGGAGUGUGGGAAGAGCUUUGCUCAGAGUCUAUCGCUUGCUGCUCAUCAACGAAUCCAUACUGGGGAGAAACCAUAUAAAUGCAUGGAGUGUGGAAAGAGCUUUGCUCGGAAUACAUAUCUUACUGUCCAUCAGCGAAUCCACACAGGAGAGAAGCCAUAUAAAUGCAUGGAGUGUGGAAAGAGGUUUACUAGGUGUCCAGAACUUACUGACCAUAUACGAAUCCACACAGGAGAGAAACCAUAUAACUGUGUGGAGUGUGGGAAGAGCUUUACUCAGAGAGCCCACCUUUUUAUGCAUCGACGAAUCCACACAGGAGAGAAACCAUAUAAAUGCAUGGAUUGUGGAAAGAUGUUUUCUGAGAGUACAAAGCUUAAUGUCCAUCGAAGAAUCCACACAGGGGAGAAACCAUGUAAAUGUGUGGAGUGUGGGAAGACUUUUGCUCACAGUACACAGCUAACAUACCAUCUAGGAAUCCACACAUCAGAGAAACCAUAUAAAUUCGAGGAGUGUGGGAAGACCUUUGCUCAGAAUACACAUCUUACUGUCCAUCAACGAAUCCACAAAAGGAAGAAGCCACAUAAAUGCAUGGAGUGUGGAAAGAUGUUUUCUGAGAGUUCAAAGCUUAAUGUCCAUCAACGAAUCCACACAGGGGAGAAACCAUAUAAUUGUGUGGACUGUGGGAAGAGCUUUCCUCAGAGGGGCCACCUUACUGUCCAUCAACGAAUCCACACAGGGGAGAAACCAUAUAAAUGUGUGGAGUGUGGGAAGAGUUUUCCUCAGAUGGCCCACCUUACUGUCCAUCGACUUAUCCACACAGGGGAGAAACCAUUUAAAUGCAUGGAGUGUGGAAAGACAUUUGUUUGGAGUACAGAUCUUACUAACCAUCACCGAAUCCACACAGGGGAGAAACCAUAUAAAUGCAUGGAGUGUGGGAAGAGCUUUGCUCACAAUAGACGUCUUACUGUCCAUCGACGAAUCCACACGGGAGAGAAACCGUAUAAAUGUGUAGUGUGUGGAAUGAGCUUUGCUCAGAGGACACACCUUAAUGUCCAUCAAUGUAUCCACACUGGAGUAACCAUAUAAAAUUGUGGAGGGUGGAAAAAGCUUUGUUUAGAGGACAAAUCUUACUGCCCAUUGACAUAUUCACAGAAGGGAGAAACCAUAUGAUGCAUAGAGUGUGGAAAGAUGUUUGCUUAGAGUACAGAGCUUACUCACCCUCAAUGAACCCACACAACGGAGGAACAAUAUAAUGUGUGGAGUGUGAAAAGAGCUUUUCUUGGAGUUCAGGCCUUAUCGUGCAUCAAUGAAUCCACUCAGCAGAGAAAUCACAUAAAGGUUAAGAGUCUGGAAGAAACUUUUCUUUUCAGAGAUUCGGGGAAAUGACGACCUGAACAGUAGCAUUUCUAAAACACCCUAGACUUAUCUUGCUGUAGGUAUAUUUAUGCCAUGUAGAGGGAAUUUAUUCCUCUACUCAUAUACCUCUCCCUAUGGGGGAGACCUAACUGAUAGGUGAAUCCAUAGGAGGAGGCAUGAUUUAUUCAGACCCCACCGGGGUUCUGAUAAAACCAAAGUCAGCAGAGAAUAAGGGGCCUUUGCCAGUAAAGUUUGACCACCCUAUUUCUACCUGUUUUUUGCUUUUUUCUUGUUUUUCACAAAUCUGUAAUUUUUUUGGCUCAUUUCUAAAGAUUUCUGUUGGAAUGCUGGUAAAUCCCCAGCAGCACCUGACUUCACUGGAAAGAGAGUUUCUGAAAUUUAUGGACUUAAAAAGUACAAAGUAUAGAGAACUGAUCUAUUAGAGAUUUGUAACAGUGCAGAGAUAAAGUAUUGAAUUGUGCCUAGCUUAAGUUAAUUACUUCUUUCAAAAAAGCUCUAACCUUAAACAGAGCGGAAACAUCAGAAGCAUGGAAUAAUUUGUAUUCUUACCUUCUGGCUAUAUUCUAUCUCACUGCACAUAUCUGUGAAUUAUUUUUUCUGUGGACCAGGAACUGCAGAAUCAUUUUUGUUGUGAACUAACAACUAUUUGUUCUUCCCCUUCCCCUCACUGCCUGCCAGCUCUGAUAUGACACACCAAAGAGCAACUUGGCAUAUUCAACAAACAGAUGGCUUAACAGGAGGAUAGAAAAGAAAUUAAUUACUUUUUUAUGCUGAAUGUUAUCAAUUAGAACACCAUCUCUGACAAUUUCUAGUAGACAAAAAUAGCUAGACUGUGGACGUCGUUCCUCCCCCCACCCCUUUUUCUUCAGGCAACAUGAAAAACAAAGGAAUCAGGACAUUGGAAAAUAUUAUUGCUGCUGGGCAAGCCUUCCAUUUGUUACUUUUGACUUUUUGGCUUUUCCUGGAUUAUUAUAGACUCUCCUUUUAUGUUUCUUUUUUCCUUUCUCUCCCCAUUCUAUUCUCCUUUAUCUCUCCUCUCCUUUUCUUUAUUAAGUUUUCUUAUCAAAUUUAAAUAUCAAUAGAAGGUACAAAAUGUUUUGCUGAUAACAUAAUUAUGAUUAUGAAAUGACAACUAGGAAAUAAGCUACACUUUUUAUUUUUCACUUCUCUCUACUUUUAUUUAUAAAGACUUAUUUAUAAAGACGUAUAAAGACUAUUGGUGAAGCAAAUGCAUCAAUUAGAGGAAAGAUCUCAGAAGAGCAUUCAGAGUUUUCAGAAAAAUAUUAAAGAAUUUGAAGAAGGAACUAAGAAACAUAUUUAAAAAGCAUGCCAUGAACUAUCAGCUGGACUGCCAAAAAUUAAUGCAAAACUACAAGAUUAAAACACAAGAAAUUCUAAAUAUUAAAAAGGAAAACAAAAAUCACAUAUAUCUAGAAAGACAAGAUUAUCGAUUGAGAAAGAAGAACAAAGAAUCAAAGUCUUGGAAAUUCAAUAUAGACCUAAUAAGCUACAUUUUAGAGGCAUACCAGAAGAUUUUGGGAGGCCAGACUUGGAAGAGAGAUUUCAGGAACUGCUACAAGGGCAUUCAAGAUUUUCACUCAAGAAUAAGCUAUCUCGACAUUUAUUGGUUUGCUUUACUCAUAAGAAAACACAAGACACAAUGCUAGAUGCAACAAGAGAAUUCUCAUUUACAGUAGCAGGAAAAGAAGUGCAGAUUUUUCAGGACUUACCACCAACUGUAUUCAGCAAAAGAACAGAUUUUAACUUUUUGAGAAAAAUUCGACAAGAAAAGGAAAUAAACUGGAACCACUGGAAAUAGAGGUACAUGUACGGAAAGGAACAUAAUCCAAAUAGAAGAACAAGCCAAGUUAAUGGCUGAAGAAUUGCAAACGGAGGAUCCACAUGGAGGAACUGAAGGAAAAACUUCAGGUUCUCUAAAGCAACGUUUCUUUAAGAGCUCAGGAGAAGAAAAGCCAGUUUGGUGUAGUGGUUAAGAGUGUGGGACUCUAAUCUGGCGAACUGGGUUUGAUUCUUCACUCCUCCACUUGAAGCCAGCUGGGUGACCUUGGGUCAGUCACAGCUUCUAGCUCUCUCAGCCCCACCCACCUCCCAGGGAGUUUUGUAGGGGGGAUAAUGAUGACAUACUUUGUAAACUGCUCUGAGUGGGUGUUAAGUCAUCCUGAAGGGCAGUAUAUAAAUUGAAUGUCAUUAUUAUUAUUAUUAAAAGGCCAUGGCAUCAAUAAUGGGACAAAAUUGAUAAAUUAAAAAUAGUAUAAGAAAAAAUUAAUGGGCUGAACUCCUACAAAACAUAGAAAAUUUUUUAACCAACUGAAUGCAGAUAUUUUAUGCUUACAAGAAACUCACAUAAAGAAGAAACCUGAACAUAUUUUAAAUAAUAAGAAAUUACGCAAUGUAUAUUUUGCCUCAACACCAAACAAAAAGCACUCUGUAUAAACAAGCCGCAAGUAGAAUAGAAGAAUUAAGAGAUUCAGAGGGAAAAUAUUUAAUUUUAAAAAUGAGACUCCUGGAAGGUAAGGUAUGCAUGUUAGCAACAAUAUAUACGCCAAACAAUGCUAAAGUGAAAUUCUUUAAGAAUUUUUUCCAAACUCUUAGAAUUUCAAGAUAAAGAAAUAAUGGUUUUUGGAAACAUGAAGGGAGUUUUAAAUCCAAAGAAGGACAGGUCCAGAAACUCUCAACGUCGAAAAUUACUGGAAAAUGUAUUCCAAUGUUUCAAAAUGCUAAACUUAGAAGACACCUGGAAGAUAGAGAUUUUACAUUAUUUUCUGAUGUACAUCAAACACACUCAAGAAUAAAUGCGUGUUGGAUAUCAAAAAGCCUAGCAAUAAAUUUAGACAAAGCAGAGAUUCAACUGAAAACAUUCACAGAUCACGAUCCCAUAGAGGUAGUUUGGCAAUGGAAUAGAAAAAAAAUAAGAGGCAGAUGUAAACUAAAUGAUGCUCUUCUAUUACAAGAUGAUAUAUAAUAAAUAAGUGUAAAAAGGA